AUGCGUAGUAACUUGGAAGUCGACCGAGGUUGUCAUCGCGGCUCAUCAUCGACCACCCAAGGGAAGGAACAUGAAUUCUUGGGAAUUUCGGGCAAGCCGAUUUUUUUCAAUUUUCUGCCGCAUGUGCCACCCCAGGAGCGACGCGAUGAUCGGAGAGAGAGUCGGCUUUAUUCUCAGGGUACUAGCGAGGACGACUCUGGACGUCAACUGGAUCUAAGCUUGACUUUAAGACAUGAUCCGGAAACUCUCAAGAAACAAAAGAAGUUUAUUUCUACUUCACCAGGAAUCAUCACUGGAGAAACGGGGGAAUGGAUAUCUCCAGAAAGCACUCAUGGAAAUGCCCCAACCUUUGGGAAAAACCAGCAACCUAAACUUGGUGAACCAGAAAGGUCGGCCAACACUAUGAUCGGAUCAACAUUUCCCCAGAAUGAAAAUGGGAAACGUCCGUUUCUUGAAUCUCAGCUAGACCUCAGUUUGUCUACAGAUGAUCCGCAACCCACUAGGAAAAAACAGCACUUUAUAUCAAGUGAAACGGAAAGGGGGGCUGAAACUAUGAGCAGCUGGAUGCUUCGCCAGAAGGACCAUGUGGAAACUGCUAACCGUAAACCUCCGCCAACUCUGAGCUCACUUUCGGACUACCCCGCAGCCGCUCGUGAACAACAAAAUUUCGUGUCUAGUGAUCCUGAAGGGGCAAAAAAAACUAUGGCCGGGUGGUUAUCUCUCGAGAAAGACCAUGGAAACAAUCCGCGUUAG